UUGGACGGUUAUGUGCCUCAGUCUGAAGCGCGCGGAUGAAGCUCGUGUGUACGCAGCGCUCGGCGUCUCACCAGUGGAUGUAAAUAUCAGUUUAUACGACUGCAGAAAGCACAGACUGAUUCCUGAGCAUCGCCAAAGGAACCUCUGGAAAGACGCUUCGCUCCAGACUGCAGGAGGAUGAAUGGCAUUAUUAAUCAUCUCCCAAACCAUUUAAGGGCCCUCAGAUUGAUAUAUUAAUAUGCACGUGAAUCUUCAGCAUUUGAAAAGCUUUCAGUGGGUUGACACAAACACUGUGCUGCGCGUCUUAACGCAGGGCUGCUCUUUUGGACCCGUGCCACGGUUGUCUGUCUCCGUCCGUUCACCCAACCACACCUACCCGUUGUAUCCUCACCGAAUUAUAGCAGCGGCGUCCCGCACACCGGAUCCCGACAGAUUCCGUCGCGAAAGGGACAUUGUGUCUGUGUGAGCGGGUGGGAGAACGCGGAUCUACUGCGCUAUAAACGCCCGGUGCGCACCGGACCCGCUCAAAGACGCCCGUGUCGGACCGAUAUGUCACCCCGGUGCGCGUGAUCGCUUUGGAUGAGAGGCAGGUGAAAUUACCAGCUUUGUCCCGCAUCCUGCGCCAAGAAGGAACGCAUCACCUUGAGGAUUUAAACGACAUCCAACUUACCAGCUCUGGUGUGUCGCUGGCUGCCAUGGCGACGCUGACCCCCUGCUUCUUACGGAUCUUUGCUGUCCUCCAAUUGGCUGUCUGCUCAUUUCCAGAGGAACCUGGCCCUUUAAUCUCUGCCCCUGCUGAGGUGGUGAGACGAUAUCCAGUGUUUGUGGGCCGAGCGCAUCACUCUUACACCCGUCAGGAGCCACUCUACAUUCAGACCGUCCUGAAAGUCAACCGUACACUCUACAUCGGAGCCAGAGAUGACCUUUAUCGAGUGGAACUGGACCAUGUAUCUGGAGAUGAAAUGUUCUACAGCAAGAAAAGGACGUGGGAAUCCAAUAAGAAUGACAUCCGCAUCUGUAGAAUGAAGGGCAAACACGAGGAGGAGUGUCGUAAUUAUAUUAAGGUGUUGUUGAGCCAUGAUGGAGGGCUUUUUGUGUGCGGGACAAACGCUUUCAACCCGCUGUGUGCCAAUUACACGAGAGACACUCUGGAACUGAUCGGCGAGCCCAUCAGUGGAAUGGCUCGAUGUCCUUACGAUCCCAAACACGCUAACGUGGCUCUGUUUGCAGAGGGCAGCUUGUUCACGGGGACAGUGACUGACUUCCUGGCCAUCGACGCUGUCAUUUAUCGCAGUUUGGGAGAGAGUCCUGCCCUGCGAACGAUCAAGCAUGAUUCCAAAUGGUUCAGAGAGCCUUAUUUUGUGAGCGCCGUGGAAUGGGGGCCUCAUAUCUACUUCUUCUUCAGGGAGAUGGCCAUGGAGUUCAACUACCUGGAGAAGGUGAUGGUGUCCCGCGUGGCACGUGUGUGUAAAGGUGAUUUGGGCGGCUCUCAGCGGGUGUUGGAGCGCCAGUGGACGUCGUUUCUGAAAGCACGUCUGAACUGCUCGAUCCCGGGAGACUCGCACUUCUACUUUAACCUGCUGCAGUCCACCAGCCCCAUCAUACGCAUGCAGGGCAGGGACGUCAUCCUGGGGGUCUUCUCAACACCCUCCAACAGCAUCCCCGGCUCGGCGGUGUGUGCGUUUGACAUGCAGCAGCUGGCACGUGUGUUUGAGGGCAGAUUCAAGGAGCAGAAAUCACCAGACUCCAUCUGGACACCUGUACCUGAUGAACUGGUACCAAAACCCAGGCCUGGAGGAUGUGCUGUCCAGGGGUCGAGAUUCAGCUCCUCCAACACCCUUCCUGAUGAAGUGCUGAAUUUCAUCAAAACUCAUCCACUAAUGGAUGAAGCAGUACCUUUGCUUGGACACAGACCGUGGAUAGUCAAGACUAUGGUCCGGUACCAGUUGAACACUAUGGUGGUGGACACUGAGGCAGGCCCACAUCGCAAUCGGACUGUAGUGUUCCUCGGAUCCACCAGGGGAACCGUUCUCAAGUUCCUCAUCACGCCCAUCCCGGAGAACCCGUACUCCAACACCAAUAUUUUUCUGGAAGAGCUGGAGGGAUACAACCCAGAAAGGUGCGGUGAUGACUCUGUGCAGGCGAGGCAGCCUCGCUCUCUGACCCUGGACAAACCCAGUCACACGCUCCUGCUGGCGUUCCACUCCUGCGUGGUGAGAGUGUCUGUCGCACGCUGCCAACUGCACUCCAGAUGCAUGAAAAAUUGCAUUGCGUCCAGAGAUCCAUACUGCGGCUGGACCAGAGGAAGUACCUGCUCACUCCUGAGGCCAGGCACCAGAUUACCUUUCGUGCAGGAUGUUGAAUAUGGAAACACCUCACAUCUCGGAGACUGCGACGGUCUGUUGCAUGAGAGUUUUAUGGAUGAGCCUGAAAGUCUUGUUACCUUGAACCUGUUGGUUGUUGCUGCAGUCUCUGCAUUCUCCACCGGGGCAGCGCUCUCAGGCCUGGCAGUGUGCUGGAUAAUGGGCCAAAAACACCGUCACCGUUCGCACACCAACACUCCUUCGUCCAGUAGUCAGCGGAAGAGCGAGAAGGAGCGUUGCAUGAUGGGACAAGGCAGAAGUGGCUCCGUGAUGAGCGUAUCCCGGCACAGCGGCACAGAUCGGCCACACUCACAGGGAGAGACACUCUUCGUCAUGCCCAAUGGUUGGGUCAAAGCAGGCGACUUGGAUCCAGGUCUACUUCCUACACCCGAGCAAACUCCCCUGCAGCAGAAACGUGGGCUAUGCCUGUCCGAUUCCGGAUCCAGCUGGGACCAGAGUCAGACCUACUUGAGCUCGGUGGGUACCCAGUGUCCACCUCCACCGUCCACAUUGUUUCUCAGCUCUAAACUCUUGCAAGGAACCGGUCGACGUCACGAGGAAGCCAUUGAGACCGGGAUCGACCGCCAACGCUAUGUCUCUCUUUCCAAGUACCGGGAUCAUGGAAUACGCUCAGGCACUCUUCUUCGCAAGUCAGCAGGUGAAUACAACUACCCCAUGACUCCCCAAGACUCCCCUGACCGGCGGAGAGUGGUGUCGGCCCCCAGUACGCAGAUAGAGUACAGUGGAGAGCCUCUUCGCUGGACCCAUGAAGGCUACAUCUUCAGCAGUCAUGGCAUACCUCCAACGGGCCACCACUACACCCCAGCCCCACAGCAUCCUGCAGGACUGACACGUUCUGUGCUCCACGGAUCCCGGGGGAUAAUCGACCUGGCAGACUUCAGCCACCUGCUUGGGAAGGGAGGGAGCGAUCGGACACCGGCAGGCCAGUGAGCAGGGAGGACCAAGGAUGAGAGAAGCGAGAAAUUGGUGAAACAUGAGCGGCUGAAACCUCAUGUGGACUGCAGAGCGCAACCUGGCCAAUCACAGCAGCUCUCUGUAUCUCUCUCACUGUUUCUUUUCUCACCUGCUUGUCAUCCUUUUUCUCAUUUGACUGGAACUGCUUGCAUGAGGACAAGCUAAAAUGGACCUCACUGACUAUGAGAAAAGCAGCCAUUCCAACUAGAAACACCUCUUCCUUCUCUCUAUUUAUCACUCACAAUCACACAAAUAUGUAGACAGAGAUGUUCUUUUCCCUGUAACUCUGGUUCUUGCAGACUGACUAUGAGUGCGGCUUACCAAACUUUAUUGCACUUUUAUCAGAUGGAGGAAAGAACCAUGGCCAUCUUGAAGACUACCUAUCCCUGAAUCUGUUCAGACCUAGCCACUCUUUAGCAGGUUCCCCUUUCAGCAGAUUUGUAAGUUUGAUAUAACGACAGCAUUUCAAUUGGGAAUUGGGACAGUUGUUCACUCCAUAUAAAACAAAGAACCCAACAGUUCCUUGGAGUAAUGGUCGAUUCCAAACUCAAAACAAAGUGAUUACUGGCGAACAAGACACUCCAUUUACAUCAGUGUAAAUGCUGUAGGAGUACAGUAUAUUUGGACAGGUCAACUGGUCAGAAGGAAAGAUUUGGACGAAAAACUUCAUAUUAGAACAUUUACUACAGAAUUGCUUCUCUCAGUGAUUACUGAUUAGUUCAAACUAUUAUAACUUCUUGUAGCCCAUCAAAUUCACAUUAUCUCCAUAACAUACAUAGCAGUGUUGUAGUACUCAGAUCUGGACAAGAUCAGACUCAGACUGAAGUCUGUCUAAAGUUCAAGUCCAAAGAGCAUAUUUUCUUUGACUUAUUCAAGACCAGCUCAUUCAAGUCUGAGUCCAUGCUCAAGUAGUACAACACUGUUUCAUAGAAAGAUGAAUUGAACCUAUUUUAGCAUAUUAAAUGGGAAAAUAAAGAGAACCAAAUUAUAGAGAGGGCCAUAUUACGCAAAAUAAUAACACUGUCUUUCUCCAUCAGUUAUACUUUUUCCAUUAUAAACACUUGUGUGUGACAUCACUAUAUGUGGGCGGGGCCCCGUAUCAUAGUUCGCUUUGUAAGAUUAGCAGUACGCCAUUUGCUCUGAUGAAUUACUUUGACCAAAAUGUAUGAAUAGAAAACACAAGAUUAUGCUCGGAAAUCUUUUGUGAUUUUGACUUUGUAUCUCUGUUGAGUGAGCUGAGGCCUUUACCUCAGUAUUACCUCAGCCCUGAAUUCAGACUUUACAGAGUCUGAGAGAGAGAAAACUUUGGUCGGAUGAGUUUCAUGGCCCCAGCCACAUGAAUUUCUGUGUAGCUCUGUGAGUAUUAUCAGAGAAACUAAACAUUGAGAACUGCAGAACAUGCUGGAUUCCUAGUCUUUUUUGUCUUUUUGUUUUGUUUCUUCCUUUUUGUACAGUGAAUUUUUUUACACAAUAUGUAAAAUUUAACAUGGAGCAGUGAACUGAGGUAAAUAUACCCGCCAUUUUCUAAAAAAAUAAAUAAAUAAAAACACAAUUAGAGACAGAGUAAGACAGAAUCUGUCUUGAGGACCGUUGGACUCUUUUCCUUGAAGAUGCCAUUUCAUCUUUUGUUUCUCCUGGACUCUGAAGGAGAGCAAACAGUAAUGGAAACCCAGAGAAGAGGAAUCACAAUGCAAGAACUACAAGGACUACAAAGUCAAGCGAUGUCAUGUGACUUCAGGCCAGUUAUGUUAUUGGGUGCUUGUUUGUCUGUGAAGUAACCAAUUAUUUUGCUUGUCAUAUACAUCAUAAUACAUUUCCCCUUUUUUUGUAUCUAUUUGGAUUGGUUUUUAAUCAUGGAAGUCAUUUGGAAGUUCUUCAUGAUCAACAGAGAUCAUAGAUUGCAUGUUUCCAGUCAUGUAUCUGGGAACUGACAAAGAGAAACCUAAAGGCAUUAGAAAACUAAAAGAGUAUCAUAAUCAAAUUUACAGAGAAACACCCACUGGCUCUGUUCCAAACUCUAGUGAGCUGCCUACCUAGCCAGUAAAUUUUAAAGCAGUUUAAUUCAAGAUGGAGACAGAGUUUACAUUUAUGCAUUUGGCAGAUGCUUUUAUCCAAAGUGACUUAAAUUGCCAUUAAGGUAUACAUUUGAUCAAUUCAUGCAUUCCCUGGGAAUCAAACCUCUGACAUUGAAAUGUGAAUUUUAAACAAUCAAUUUAUGAAUAAACAUUACUCUUAAUGGCAUCUAACAGUUUGUAACCAACAGAAAAUAGUUCCAUCUUAUUUCAAAUUAAGUAAUGAAAAUGUAAAAUGUACUAUUUUUGAUUUUAUUAAAGUUAGUUAAGCAACAUGAUAUUGUCAGAUUAACUUUAUUUUAAGGAAACAAGCAAAGCAAAUUUCUUUGUGUGUCUCCUUAGGGGCCUGUUAAUGGAGUUGUUGUCCUAAAAGAUUAUUUCAAAACUUUCAAAAGUUCAUUUUGGUCUGUAAUCUGCCUUAAAAUGACAGCAGACAGCAGGUUGACUCUCUAGGGUUUGGAAAAUAGCCUUUUCACCAGCUUCCACUUUCUGCAAGACCCACACACAUGUGUCCCUCUCCACAUAGGCUGGCAUUGUUAUUAAAUGUCUAAUAGCAUCAGUCUGAGAUAUUGAAAGCAGAUGUCUGAUUAGAUGAGUUGCCACACACACUUGAGUACACUGGAAUGCACUUAAUAAUGGUUCUCAUGCACCUGCAAGAUGUCUCUAAUUAAAAGCACAUGCUACACACACAUCACUUAAACAUACUCCUCUAUCCUAGACAGCACGAACACACUAUUGCUGAUGCUCUCAGAAAACACACACACACUCCUGCAGUUGUGUACUACGGUCGGUUGAACAUUGAUUAACUCAUAAAUCCAGCUGAAAGGAGAGUCAUGGUUGACUGCGCUAUGUGUGCGUGUUUAUGUGUUUAAAUUACUGUGUGUAUGUAUUUAGAUCUCCUCUCUUCAGCUUUGAAGAUACACCAGGCAGGAAAUAGGAUCCUGAGCACAGGUAAUAGAUCCUGGCAGGAAAUGCAAGGAUAUAACUACUUACCUGUAGGUCAAGGACACCAAGCAUGUAAUCAAAUGCAGGACAUGCGCUAUAUGCUAAUGUACUACCACAUGUAGAGAAAGGAGCACGUCAGGAAGAUAUCAUGUACUUUCAACAAACAUCUCAAAGUUUUCAAGUGUUCAGAUUUACAAUCUUUAAAAGAAACUGUGCCAUAUAUCUAUCUUCAGAAGUGUUUGCCAACAGAAAAUACAAUCGCCAAGUUUGCUAAUAGGCUACGAAGAUUCCUAAACAAGUGUUUCUUCAAAGUGUUACUUGUCGCACGCUAUUUGUGUUAUCGAUACCUCAAAUUGAGCUGCUAACUGAGGUGUGCUUACUGAGUGAUCAGACUUGAGUUUCUUGCCUGGCAGAUGAUGAAACAAUUUUUUUCUCUUGAAUGAGAAAAUUUAGACUUGAGCUAGUAAGCAAUCACAGUAACAUGCUAGUAUUGUUGAAGUGUGUUUUCCCUGGAAAAACACUGCUUGUUUUUUCUUCAGAAAAUGUUAAGUCUAGGUCCCAAUAUAAUUAGUGAUUAUUUCUUCAAAAAAAUCAAGAAACACACACAAACUGCCUUUAAUGAAAAGAUACAAGUGUCCACACAUUAACUUGAAAAUUCAGUGCCUAAAGCCAAUUUUGUUUCUUGCAGAAAGUCUCUUGGUGUAAAUUAAAAUGGCUUUAAAUGUCAAUGAUUUUACACUUCAUGAUAUUUUUCUUUUGUGUGGAUGAUUUCUGGUU